UCCAUCUUUUGCCCUUCUUUCUGGUUUGAGAUAACCUACAGUGCAAGUUCUGGAGGAAUCACAUUUCCUGAAACUUUCUGCAGUUGUCAGGCAUCUAUUCCAUAUAUGCACCUUAGCCAUGUUCAGGAUAAGAGUCCAAUAAACUUUCAUGAAGUAUCAAUCAUCCGUAGUUGCAGCAAACCAAAUCCAAAAUGUCUCAUCUGAACCUUCUGGACUUCAAGUACAAUCUUGAGAAGCUCAAGUCCAAGGCCGCCGGCCGGCCAACCGGGCGGCUGCUGUCGGCCAGGGACAGGCAGUUCUCCGACCUGAUGAUGAUCUACAAACCCGACGACGACGAGAUGAGGAAAGUGUUCGACAAGAUCGCCGGCGAGCCCGACCGGAUCUCCAGGAAGGAUCUGAGGGGGCUCCUGGAGAAAUUCGGGAAGGCCGACGCCGCCGACGAGGCGAGGCGGAUGAUCUGCGUCGCCGACGCCAAGAAGGACGGCCACGUCGACUUCGAGGAGUUCAUGGAGGUGCACAGGAGCGGCGUGCCUCUGGGGGACAUGCGCCGGGCGUUCUUCGUGUUCGACAGGGACGGCGACGGCAGGAUCAGCGCUGAGGAGGUGAAGGAGGUGCUGCGCAAGCUCGGGGACGAGUGCAGCCUGGAGGAUUGCAGGAAGAUGGUGAGGGAAGUCGACAGGAACCAUGACGGCUUCGUGGACAUGGACGAUUUCAUGGCCAUGAUGACUCGCUCAAGGAAGAAGCCUUGAGCCUCCUGGGUAAUGCCUGUGAGGUCAUCUGCAUGUUGUAUGGAAGCAGUUUUUCUAGUACACCCGUUACUUGCAUGUCAUCUAAAUAGUUAUAAAAAAUAUAGAAAAAUUUAACAAGAUGGUUUAAUAUUAGUUAUAU